AUGCUGUCCUGUGCUCCUCCUGCUGGCCCCCACGCGGCUGCUGCUGGCCUGCGUGCCCUGGUGGCGCGGGUGGCCUCUGGCGGUGGCCGCGGGGGUGGCGGGAGUGGCCUACGGGCUGUGGGGGUGGGGGUCCUGCUGCGCCGCGGCCCCGGGCCACCUUCGGGUGGCGCCGCGAGGACCACCCCCGGGCUGGCCGAUGGCACCUUCGGAGAGCACCGAUACCUGCGCCUCAAGGACUCGGGGCUGCGUCUCCACUACGUGACCCGUGGGCCCCCCACGGCCCCCCUGGUGCUGCUGCUGCACGGCUUCCCCCAGAACUGGUUCUGCUGGAGGCACCUGAUGCAGGAUCUGGCCCGGGACCGGCGGGUGGUGGCCCUGGACCUGCGUGGCUGCGGCGCCUCGGAGAAGCCCCCGGGCAGGGACAGUUACCGGCUGGAGCUGCUGCUCGGGGACAUCUGCGGGGUCAUCGAGGCCCUGGGGACGCCCGCGGGGUCCCCGCGCUGUGUCCUGGUGGGCCACGACUGGGGAGGGGUCCUGGCCUGGGAGGUGGCGGCCGCGCGGCCAGCGCUGGUCGAGAAGCUCGUGGUGAUGGACGCGCCCCAGAGGGGGACCAUGGCCGAUUUCAUGGCCCGGCACCCGUCCCAGCUGCUCCGCUCCAGCUACAUCUUCCUGUUCCAGCUGCCCCUGCUGCCCGAGCUGCUGCUGGCUCUCAAUGACUUCCAGCUGGUUCGUUGGUUCCUGACCGGGCCCUGCACGGGCGUUCGGGGGGCGGCGCUGACGGAGCCCGAGAUCGAGGCCUACCUGUUCAACCUGGCCCAGCCUGGGCCUCAGCCCCCCUGCACUUCUACAGGAACCUCUUCAG